AUGAAGAUAAUAUGUAGAAUUUCAAAAAUACCAUCAAAUGAAGAAGAAUGGUUGGAAAAAGCUAAGGAAUUUGAAGAUAAAUGGUCCUUUCCUCAUGCUAUAGCUGCUAUGGAUGGCAAGCAUGUCAUUAUACAAGCUCCCUCAUUCAGUGGGACUGAAUACUAUAACUAUAAACAGUUUUUCAGUAUUGUACUUUUUGCGUUAGUUGACGCUGACUACAAUUUUAUGUAUGUUGACGUUGGUACUCAAGGACGUAUAUCAGAUGGUGGCGUUUUUAAAAAUACUAAUCUAUAUAAAAAAAUGGAGAGACAUGAUUUAAAUAUUCCCGAGCCACAUGCAUUGCGAAUUCCAUACUUAUUAAAAGUACCAUAUAUGAUCUUGGCUGACAAAGCAUUCGCAAUGAAUGAAUAUACAAUCAAACCAUUCGAAGGAAAUCCAGAGGUAGGUUCACCCCAACGUGUUUUUAAUAAUCGACUUUCCAGAGGUCGUCGAGUUGUAGAAAAUGCGUUCGGGAUACUUAGUGCUGUGUUUCGUGUUUUAAGGAAAAGUAUGGCGUUGCAACCCGAGAUAGCAUCGAAAAUUGUCUUAACAACUAUAUACUUGCAUAACUUUCUGAGAAAACGUCCUUCAUGCCUAAUUUACACCCCCCCAGGCAGUUUAGACACGGAAAAAGAUGGAGCGUUAACUAAUGGUAGAUGGCGACAAGAGCAACCAACAUCAUCGCUUUUAUCUAUGCGAAAUAUUCCACGUAGAAUAACUGAUCAUGCCAAGACAGUACGUUUACAUUUAGCUGAUCAUUUUGUUUUGAACGACGUUUUACCUUGGCAAAAUAAUUACUAG